UCAGUUCGAAAUGUCACAAGUGAGACGACAACAUGCAUCAACAGGGUCAGUGGCGAAAUGCGACGCAGACACUGGAACCGAACCGGACAUAUCCUCGGACAAGAUCGAGAAAGCGAUUGUAUGGAGGCAUUAAAAUGGCGGUCUGAUGAGAAUAGAGCAGCAGGGCACCUUAAAACCACAUGGCAAAGGACCAUUGACAAGGAAAGGAGAAGAGAAAAAUGGAGAAGCUGGAAUGAGACCAGAAUAGUGGCAUAAAACAGCUGGUUGGAGAAAUCGUGUUGCGGCCUUGUGUGUCUCAUGGCAUGGAGAUAACUAACUAAUGGAAAUAACUAACUAAUUUACUUACUAACUAACUAGAGGGGUGGAGUAAAUGGUAUCGACUAACCCCAGCUCUCAAAAUUGUUGAGAUUGUGCCUAAAUUAGAAACAAUUAUUAUUAGAGAAAUCAACGACAGAAUCGGUUGCGCACUGAGCGAAAUCCUUUGUGGAAUUCUUGAUAGUUUCUCGAUUUAUAACUCUCCCUUCAAAAUACAAGGCCUUGUACUUCUGCUAGAAAUUAUGAUUUCUUUGUUUUCCAGUCGAUAUGCCACACUUAACAUCUUGUUCACCUACAUGGUGUUAUUUCCUUACCAGUAUACAUACAGCCAGUCAGUAAUAAAUAAUGGCAUAAAAACAAUAAUUUUUCUUAAUUCAACUUGGACCGACUAUGAGAUUUCCUCGCAGAAUUUGACAGACAACAACGUCAGCAACAACAGUAGAACUCCUUUAUCAUCGCACGUCAUUGUAAAUUCAAACUCAGAGAUGGUUACUACGGAAGAAAACAGUACCUUACAAGCUGCACCCAUGUCUGAGAUCUGUAAGGUCGCAGAAGAAUAUAACAACUGGAACUUUGAGUAUAAAUAUUCUGUUGAGUAUUUAAAGGAACUAGUUUGCAAAUGCUACGGAAUCUGUAAUAUGGAACGUCCGGAUUUAGAUCAUUUAAAGAAAAUAAAAGAGGAAUAUGAGAAUCCACUAGCUCCACAUAACAUCGUACAAUUUCUUCUUGUCAUGUGUUCAUACUCUUUCCUGCUGUUGGUUGGCUUCAUAGGUAAUAUGACAACUAUUUGCGGUCUCAUUCUUUGGGUGAAAUCAAAAACACCAACAAUAUAUUUCAUUUUAAGUUUAACAUCAGCUGACCUCAUUCUUGUCGUGGUUUGUAUCCCUAUUAAGCUUGCUGAAACAUUGAAAGCUGUGAACAAUAUGGCAGAUGCCGCGUGUAAGCUGGUGUACUAUAUACGGGAUUUCACCUUUGUCUCAUCCAUUAUCACAAUGUGCGUUAUAAGCCUGGAAAGAUAUUAUGCCAUAUGCCAUCCUCUUAAAGCUCAAUACAAAUGUACCAAGAAACGGUCAAUCAUCAUCAUCGUUAUGAUUUGGUGUCUGUCCUUCGUCUUGGCAUCACCAACACUCGUUGCUAUGAAAACUUACCAACCAAAUCUACGUUUGCUCGAUGGCUAUGAAUGCCGCCAGAACUUCGAAAAAGACGAGCACUUAUAUGCGUUUUUUGCUUAUUACUUGGGCAUACUCUUCUUCCUACCUUUUCUGGUGAUGGUGUUUGCCUACAGUUGCAGUUGUCACUCCCUGUGGAAGAGUGCACAAAAAUCACAAGUGAUGCAAGGCAUUCAAACCGUCAGUGCCGGCGCUGAAGAAACAAAGCAAAAUACAAAGAAAGGAAAUGAUUAUAAGGGAAGAAUGAAGGUGAUCAAGAUGAUGAUUUUAAUACUUGUAUCAUUCGUAAUAUUCUGGGGACCAUCGAUGGUGUACCGAAUAAUUAUGGUGAAAACAUCCGAAAAUAGGCCGCUACUUAUUCAAAUCUUUGACGGUCUUGUUGUAGUGAACAGUUGUACAAACCCAUACAUAUUCAUGGCCAUGUCAUCUCAAUUCAAGACAGCUGCUAUUAAAGCUUGUUCUUAUGGACGGCGAUUUUUCAAGCCUUGCUGCAACAUUAAAGAUUCUGCAGGUCAACGCAAAUUUAAUAUGUCACGUGAUUAUUCAUCGGAAAUCUCUUUAUCAACAAGUCGUAGUUCAAUAUCAAGAACUGUCAGUGAAUAUUACUAGAUAUCAUAUACAACACCCUAUUAAGUUGGAUAUCGUAUAUAUAGUCCAUGCCAUUAGAGAAUGUUAUUAUUUAUUAUAUACAAACUGACCAUAAGAUAAUUAAUGCGAGACAUCAUGCAGAAGUACAACCAUAAAAAGGUAUUGCGAUGAAAAAUAUAAAAUUCUAGUCACAUAUUUGUGUAUUACGCACAAACUAGAUCAUAAAAUAAUCAAAGCCACGACGAAAGAAUAAACAUUAUUAAAUACCAUAUUAAUGCACAAACUUAAAUGAAUUUACACGACGGCUUCUAUACAGUUUCCGACCACCCAGUUUCACUCACAAGAUAUGGGUCUAUCCGAGAUGCCACGUAGCGACAUCGAACCUGAGACCACAUGGUUCCAAAUCAAACUUUUAAACCUUUGGCUAAAUAGCACCUAUAUAUGUUUGUAUGUGUAUGCGUAUACAUAGGAAUGUAUGUGCCUAUAUAUAUAUAUAUACAUGCAUGCAUAUAUUUAUGUGUGUGUUUAGGUAUAUUUGUAUGCGUGUAUGUAUGUAUUGUGUAAAUAAAAUGAACAGAAAAGAGGACAACACAGGAGGAAUAAAAUAUUAACUAAAGAAGAAAGUGUUUUAACGUUUCAGGUGUUAGUACUUCAUCAAGAGAAAUAGUCAAUUAGAGGGAAAUCGGGCGAAGUGUUAGAAACCACGUGGGAAUGUUGUCCUAUAGGGGACGUUAAGAAGGUUGGAAGGGCUAGGUAUAUAGACAUAGGUAUGCAAGGUGGACACAAAAGUAGUGUUUUAGCGUGCUGUAGAAGUUAGGGAAGUUGUAGGGUAUUGGUAUUUGUGUAAUAUUUAGGUGAGUGAAAUAAAAGCGCGUAUAUGAGAAAGUAAAACGAGAGGGAGUUUGAGGAUUAAACAGAUAUUGAUGAAGCUAAUGGGACAUAAAGGAUUUGACUGAUAUCUGUGCAACUGUAUGACAAAAUUACAUGGGUGUAUGAAACUUUU